AUGACCCAGAAGAAUAUAUGGUACGAAGGGAUUGCCUUCCCUUUCGUGGGUUUCAACCCAGAACUCAUGAGGAAAGCAUACGAGGAGUUUGUGGUCAAUGAAGAAGAUGUAUUAACAGUGACCUUCCCGAAAUCAGGAACGAACUGGUUGAUCGAGAUUCUCUGCCUGAUCCGCUCCAAGGGCGAUGCCACACAGAUCCAGUCUGUGCCCAUCUGGGUCCGCUCCCCCUGGGUGGAGACUGUUUCUGGGUAUGAAGACCUUAAGACAAUGGAGAGCCCACGCCUCAUCAGCACCCACCUCCCCAUCCACAUCUUCCCCAAGUCUAUCCACACGACCAAAGCCAAGGUGAUUUAUCUCAUGAGAAAUCCCAGAGAUGUUCUCGUGUCUGGUUAUUAUUUCUGGAAUUACGUGAAAUUUGUGGAGAACACAAAGUCGCUGCAAGAGUAUUUCGAGUUGUUCCUCGAUGGGAAUGUGGUGUUCGGCUCCUGGUUUGAUCACGUUCAUGGCUGGCUGUCCCUGAGAGACCAGAAGAACUUCCUGUUACUGAGCUAUGAAGAGCUGAAGCAGGAUACAAGAAGCACCAUCGAGAAGAUCUGCCACUUCCUGGGAGAGAAGCUAGAACCGGAGGAAAUCAACUUAGUCCUCAAGAACAGCUCCUUCCAGGCCAUGAAAGAGAACAAGAUGUCCAACUAUUCGCUCCUGAGUGAGGUUGACCUGAUCCACGAAGGCCAUGGUUCAUUCAUGAGAAAAGGCAUCUCUGGGGACUGGAAAAAUCACUUUACGGUAACCCAAGCUGAAAAAUUCGACAAAGUCUUCAAGGAGAAGAUGGCAGAUCUCCCCCAAGAGCUGUUCCCAUGGUAA